CUCUGGACUGUAUUUCAUGACCUUGCCAGCUCAUUGGUUUGACCGGUAAUCCACUUCCAUAAAAAGAAAGUGGAGGGUUUUGAGGGCUGUCAAUAUAUACCAUCUUAACAUCUCAUCUGCCCGGGACUCAGUCUGCAUCUCUGGGAUUCAAACAACUGUCUGGUUAAAAUAAUAUCAGGAUCCUACAGUCAACAUGGCCUCUGAGAAACGACUGUCUGCGAGGCGUAAGCACACUUUGAAGAGCUGUAUGCUGGUUGUGGCAAAUAAUUUGCUGGAGGUUGAGUCUCAGGCAAAAGCUGCAGAACGGGAGAAGUUCUUGGCAGAGAAAUGCCCUCCUCUAGAGCUACCAUACUCCAGGGAAGAGCUUAUUGAACUUUGCAAUAAACUUCAUGAGGAGGUUAACAACAGUGAAGAGGAGAGAUACUGCAUAGAGUUCAAAUUAAACUUAGUGCUCGAUGAGGUCAGGGACCUCAAUAUCAAGAUUGUGGAUCUUCGAGGCAAGUUUAAGAGACCCCGGCUGAAGAAAGUGCGCAUGUCUGCUGACGCCAUGCUGAAGGCUCUGUUGGGUUCAAAGCACACGGUCAACAUGGACCUAAGAGCCAACCUGAAGCAGGUCAAGAAGGAGGUCAAAGAGGAGGACAAGCAGCUGCGUGAUGUGGGAGACUGGCGUAAGAACAUUGAAGACAAGUCGGACAGGAAGAAGAUGUUUGACAGUUAAAUGUUAAAACUGCUGCUGUUGUGACUGACCCAUUUUACUGAAAGGUGGCAUUAAACCAGAUAUUUUCAUAAAGGGGAUGAAACAUGGUGGCUCUUAGAGAGAAAAGUGUUAUUUUGUCAGUUAUAAAAUCAUACUGAGAAACUUGGUCAAGCCCAAGUUUUAUAUCCAAAUAAACAACUUCUUAUUUUUCAGCUGAUGGAGAUUUGUUCAGGAUAGACAAAAAAAAAAGCUCUUUAGUUAUUUCCAAGUGUAGCUGGGAUUUUGUCUCUAUGGUGAUUUAUUUAAGGUUAAUUGUUAACGUCACACAAGAACAAAAUCAAUCACAUUUGACUAAUUAGAAAGAUAUUUAUGGUGUUGUUAAUAUUACAGUUCAUAGUUUAAAACUUACCUGUUUCUUGGAGAAAGAGCCAUGGGCGUUGUCUUGAAAGUAUUGUUGUUAGUAAAUAUUUUUUGAUGUUCUUCUGAAGUCCGCACAAUUUGAAAGUAAAGUAAUUGUACUAAAGUACAGAAUAUCCAUGGAUUUAAAUGUUUAUUCAAUCACAUCAUGUUGUGAUGUUUUACUCUCAAAUUAAAUACAGAAGCUUC